GGGAAGUCAUUUACCAUGCAGGGCGUCGCAGACCCCCCUGCGCAGAGAGGCAUUAUUCCCAGAGCGUUUGAACACAUUUUUGAGAGUGUACAGUGUGCCGAAAACACCAAGUUCUUGGUAAGAGCCUCUUACCUGGAGAUCUACAAUGAAGACAUCAGAGAUCUGCUAGGUGCUGACACCAAGCAAAAGCUGGAGCUGAAGGAGCACCCAGAGAAAGGGGUAUACGUGAAGGGACUCUCUCUACACACAGUACACAACGUGACCCAGUGCGAGCGUAUCAUGGAAAUAGGCUGGAGGAACCGAUCAGUGGGCUAUACGCUGAUGAACAAGGAUUCUUCCCGCUCCCAUUCCAUCUUUACCAUCAACAUGGAAAUUUACACUGUAGAUGAGAGAGGACAAGAUCACCUCAGGGCUGCAAAGCUCAACCUGGUGGAUCUAGCUGGAAGCGAGAGGCAAUCCAAAACUGGAGCCACAGGGGAGCGACUCAAAGAGGCCACCAAAAUUAACCUCUCUCUUUCAGCCCUGGGCAAUGUCAUCUCAGCCCUGGUAGACAGCAGGUGCAAACACAUCCCCUAUCGAGACUCCAAGCUGACCCGGUUACUGCAGGACUCCCUUGGGGGAAACACCAAGACACUCAUGGUGGCCUGCGUGUCUCCUGCUGAUAACAACUAUGACGAGACCCUCAGCACUUUACGCUAUGCCAAUCGAGCAAAGAACAUCAAGAACAAGCCCCGUAUCAAUGAGGAUCCCAAAGAUGCUCUGAUGAGGGAGUAUCAGGAAGAAAUUAAGAAGCUGAGGGCCAUUUUGGCUCAACAGAUGAACCCUAAUAACUUGUCAGGUGUGUCAUCUCUUUUCCCCAUCGGGACUGCUCAGCUGGAAGUGAAACCAGCACCCUUCCCUGAACCCCAGACAGAUGUUGAGGCGGAGAAGCAGCUGAUCCGAAAAGAAUAUGAGGAAAGACUAGCCCAACUGAAGGCAGACUUUGAAGCUGAGCAGGAGUCCCGGGUCCGACUUGAGGAAGAUAUCACUACUAUGCGCAAUUCCUACGACCUCAAGCUGUCCACUCUGGAGGAGAAUCUCAGGAAGGAAUCAGUCCUGAGAGUUGAAGCCCUUCCUGACCAAGCACCUUUGCCUCCAGGCUCUGUUGUCCCCAUAAGAGAAGCAGAACAGCUGUCAGCCAAGGACGCAGCAGAGACUCUAGUCACUGAGCACAUUGGGACAGUGACCAGAGACGACGUGGGACCAGAAGUGGUUGUCCCUACUGAGAAGCUUCCUGUGGCUGUAGAUCAGCAGCAAGUGCUUGCCAGGCUACAGAUGCUGGAACAACAGGUGGUGGGAGGAGAACAGGCCAAAAAUAAGGACCUGAAGGAAAAGCACAAACGUCGGAAAAAGUACGCGGAUGAGCGGAAGAGGCAGCUGGUUGCAGCUCUACAGAACUCUGAUGAGGACAGCACUGACUGGGUUCUACUUAAUGUCUAUGACUCCAUCCAGGAAGAAGUGCAAGCCAAGAGCAAACUGUUGGAGAAGAUGCAGAAAAAGCUGCGGGCUGCCGAGACUGAAAUCAAAGACUUGCAGUCAGAGUUUGAGCUGGAGAAGAUUGACUAUCUUGCUACCAUCCGGCGGCUGGAGCGGGAUUUCAUGCUGUUGCAGCAGCUCCUAGAUCAGGUGCAGCCCCUCAUACGGCGUGACUGUAACUACAGCAAUCUAGAUAAGAUCAAACGCGAGUGUGUCUGGGAUGAGGAUAGCGGCUGCUGGAAAAUUCCAGAGCCCUUCAUUCAAAAAACCAGCCUCCCUGCAGCAGUUUCAUCACUGCCACAGACUAAACCAGCCAGGAAGAGCUCCUCGGCUGAGAGCAGAGAGCUGCUGAUGGAGGAAGAAGACCGUUACAAGAUGAUGCUGAGCAAGAGUGACAGUGAGAAUAUUGCCAGUAACUAUUUCCGAUCUAAGCGAGCCAGCCAGAUCCUCAAUGCAGAUCCUAUAAAGAGUCUUACACACCAUAACGCCACCCCAGUGCUGGGUGCUCCCCUGAACAACAGUACCUCCAGCAUGGCACCAGUCUCUCCUACACAGAUGGUAGAGAUGCCCCAGCCACGUCCUUUCCGUCUCGAGUCACUUGACUUCACUACAUCAUCUGCCAAAACCAAGCGCAAGAAGGGUAAAAACAGCUUCAGCAAUGACCCCUUUUGACUGCGGUGGCCUUUAGUGGCUAUAGACUCUUCAGACUGUGGCGGCCAUCAUAGGCAGCAUCCUUCAGCCGAGCAGCAGACUGCCUUGGUUCCUCUGGUAGCAGCAAUCUUCAGAUCGUGGCUUCUGGAACAAACGCUGACUUUUCUUCUUCUUUAGGGAUGGUGAAGACAAUGAUAUGCUGCUUCCAGGUGUCUUAAAGUCUGUACUAACAACUCCAUGUUCACGCUGGGGCUGGCCCAUUUCUCUGCUCUCCUUUUCUGUUCCUUACCAUGUCUGUGUGGCUAGCACUGUACAUUCUCCUGCCAUUCCCCUUGCAGGUCUCCAUCCCUCCAAACACAUGGAGGGACAUCAAACCUCUGUCGUCAGAUUAAAACCCUCUCUGGCAUGAGGAGAUUCUUCAAAAAAGCCUUAAAAAUCCAUUUCUCAGUUUCCCAAUGCAAGUUUCCCAGACAGUAUCUCAGCAUUUCCUUUCUUUUUUAACAUCACAUCCACAACUCGGCUUCAUGCCUCGUACACAAUCCUCCAGUCUUUCUCCUCCUCGUGUCAGUCGGAGCUUCUGACGCCCAACCAUUCCUGCCACGUCUGCUAUCUCGGAUGAAGUCUGAAGCUGUUAUUUCUUAUGAGACACGGACUCACAAGUACCUAGAUAAAUAAUUUGCACAUUUAUUCACUGACUUGUAGAGCAGAUCACUCAUUUCAGUUAAGUCAGUCAGUGGAAAAGAUUGUUUCAUGUCCAUGUGUCCAAGAUGUUGAUGAUUUUUUUUGUAAGCUACACUGUAUGUUGAGUACCUGUAUUGUAACCGGUACUUUCU